AACUUUCUGACGCAAACUUUUUGAUUGGCGGUCUUCUCCUUGCUUCCUUCACUUCAUUCACUCUCAAAUUUACAGAAAAUGGCUACCGAGGAGUUGCUGACUGAGCAAUUUCAGUUUUUAGGUAUUAGCGUGCAGAAAGAAGUUCUAGCAAAAUGUGUGAGUUUAUGCGAAGAAUACGACGUCGACGCCGAAACUUUUGUCGAACAAUGGAUGGCGUUCAGUUUAACGAACUUAAAUGGCGCCCCUCCGAAUUUGGAUAGCUUGGAUUCACUUGAGAGAAAGGAAUUUUCCAAGCGGGCGGAUCGCCUCAGCGCGCCCGUUAAAGAUGCUAGAACGAGUACCGGCACAAGUGUCGCGGUGUACGGAGCGUCCGUUGCUACUCAGCCAGAUAAUGAAGUCCUAUCUAAAUACAUAGCCGUAACUCCAAAGAGAAUUAAAGUGGAGGAUACAAGUCGUAAACACGAGUUGACGGCAGCUACAUACUCCCCGAAGACCGGAGCCUCAUCAAAAUACAGCACGCGAGGCAACGCCGGCACAGUCCUUCACAGCUACGGCGACGAUGACUUGUUACAAGCCAUCACCACGCCCAGCGGGCCCAAUGACGCGCUCAACGUCACGCAGGUGCCCAACCACGACGGCGAGCUGUACACUAAAGCCAUGUUUGGCUUUGAACUCCUCCCCGAGAAGGCCAGCAUAUACGACGCACACAUCAGCUACAUCUCACGACACAUAAUGAAGAAGGCCGGCAUUACAGAGUGCAGCUCUGUCAGGCAGAAAACACAGACGGAGACGACAGUGGCGGGGCGGAUUGAGUGUGACGCGGACGCGAGGCUCAACCCCAAAUGCGUGGUUCUGCAGGGUACGUGGGAGCACUCGCUCAGCCAAGCCGUGCCCGUGGACUUGGACGGUAUAAAACAGUAUUCCCUAUUCCCCGGCCAAGUAGUGGCGAUGCGGGGCACCAAUCCGCGCGGAGACAAGUUCCUGGCGCAAGAAGUAUUCUGUGAUGGCUCGCUGCCGUUACCUGACCAUAGAGCGGAUAUGAUUAAUGCUUUACAAGGAAACUUGUCAAUGGUGGUCGCCGCAGGUCCUUACACGACCUCCGACAAUCUCUCCUACGAGCCCCUCAAAGACCUGGUUACAUACAUCAGCACACACAAACCCCACAUCGUCAUCAUGACGGGACCCUUCAUGGAUGCCGACCACGCUAAGCUCAAGGACAACACGCUGGCAGAGACUUACAAGUCGCUGUUUGAGAAGCUGAUCGAUAGUUUAGCGGAGCUUAAUACUAGUUGUCCAUCCACCAAAAUCUACAUAGUAUCCAGCCACAAGGACGCCUUCCACCUGAACAUAUUCCCCACGCCGCCGUACUCGACGCGGCGCAAGCAUCCACACGUGCACUUCGUGCCGGACCCGUGCACGCUCAACAUCGGGGGCAUCAUCGUCGGGGCCACGAGCGCUGAUGUGCUCAUGCAGAUUAGCCAGGAGGAGAUAUCGCUAGGCAUGGGCGGCGACAAGCUGGCCCGCAUGGCGUCGCACGUGCUGAGCCAGCAGUGCUACGCGCCGCUGUUCCCCGCGCCGCCCGCGCAGCCCACGGACGCCGCGCUGUGGGCGCAGCACGCGCACGUGCCGGCCACGCCGCAUGUGCUGGUGCUGCCUUCUAACUUCAGAUAUUUUGUUAAGGAGGUGAACGGCACAGUGGUGGUGAACCCGGAGCGGCUCACCAAAGGCACAGGCGGAGGCACGUUCGCGCGCCUCGCGGUCCGGGCGGACGCGGACGCGGACAUGAGGCGGGUCGCGGCGCAGGUGGUGCGCAUUUGAUAUCAUUACCUAAUAAAACAU